AUGGAAAACAGCUCUGAUAUGAAAGCUUUAGCCGAUGAAAAUAAUGGUGAAGGCAAGGUAACUAAAAAGAAAAAUUUGAGUAGGCUAAUUGUAGAAGAAGCUACAAAUGAUGAUAACUCAGUUGUUGCACUAAAUACAAAGAGGAUGGAGGAGCUGAACUUCUUUAGGGGUGAUACCAUUUUAAUUAAAGGGAAAAAAAGGCAUUCAACAAUUUGUAUUGUGUUAAAUGAUAAUGACCUAGAUGAGGGGAAAAUUAGAAUCAACAAAGUCGCAAGGAAAAAUUUGAGAGUUUGUUUGGGAGACGUUGUUUACCUAAAGCCAUGUCCCGAGAUUCCAUACGGAAAAAAGAUCCAAGUGCUUCCCAUUGAUGAUACAAUAGAAGGAUUAGCAAAAGAUACAUUAUUUGAAAUAUUUUUAAAACCUUAUUUUAAUGAAUCAUAUAGACCAGUAAAGAAAGGAGAUUUGUUUUUAGUAAGAGGAGGAUUCAUGUCUGUUGAAUUUAAAGUUGUUGAAGUAGACCCAGACGAUUUUUGUAUUGUUUCACCAGACACAGUAAUUUAUUAUGAAGGAGAUCCAAUUAAAAGAGAUGAUGAAGAAAAGUUAGAUGAAAUAGGUUAUGAUGAUAUAGGAGGUUGUAAAAAGCAAUUAGCUCAAAUUCGAGAAAUGAUUGAAUUACCAUUAAGACAUCCAGGUUUGUUUAAAACUUUAGGGGUAAAACCUCCAAGAGGUGUAUUAUUAUAUGGACCCCCAGGUAGUGGAAAAACUUGUAUAGCUAGAGCAGUAGCAAAUGAAACUGGUGCAUUCUUUUUUUUAAUAAACGGACCAGAAGUAAUGAGUAAAAUGGCAGGUGAAGCUGAAGCAAAUUUAAGAAGAGCAUUUGAAGAAGCAGAAAAGAAUUCACCUGCUAUUAUAUUUAUAGACGAAAUUGAUUCUAUAGCUCCAAAAAGAGAAAAAACAAAUGGGGAAGUAGAGAGAAGAGUUGUUUCUCAAUUACUUACAUUAAUGGAUGGUAUAAAAAGUAGAGGUCAAGUAGUUGUUAUUGCAGCAACUAAUAGACAAAACUCUAUAGACCCAGCUUUAAGACGAUUUGGACGAUUUGACAGAGAAAUCGAUAUAGGUGUACCAGAUGAUAAUGGAAGAUUUGAAAUAUUAAGAAUACACACAAAAAAUAUGAAACUAUCACCUGAUGUGAAAUUAGAAGAAUUAGCUGGUAAUACACAUGGUUUUGUUGGUGCUGAUUUAGCUCAAUUAUGUACAGAAGCUGCAUUAACAUGCAUAAGAGAAAAAAUGGAUGUAAUAGAUUUAGAAGAUGAAAUUAUUGAUAAAGAAGUUUUAGAAAGUAUGUGUGUUACACAGGAUCAUUUUAAUAUGGCAUUAGGUACAUGCAAUCCUUCAUCUCUUAGAGAAACUGUUGUAGAAGUACCAAAUGUCAAAUGGGAUGACAUAGGUGGUUUAGAUGAAGUAAAAAAUACGUUAAGAGAAAUGAUAUUAUAUCCUAUUGAUCAUCCAGAUAAAUUUGAAAAAUUUGGUAUGUCUCCAUCAAGGGGUGUUUUGUUUUAUGGACCUCCAGGUUGUGGAAAAACUUUACUAGCUAAAGCUGUAGCUUCUGAAUGUUCAGCAAAUUUUGUUUCAAUUAAAGGUCCAGAAUUGUUAACUAUGUGGUUUGGUGAAUCAGAAGCUAAUGUUAGAGAAGUUUUUGAUAAAGCAAGAGCAGCUGCACCAUGUGUUUUAUUUUUUGAUGAAUUAGAUUCAAUAGGAACACAAAGAGGAUCUACUUUAGGAGAUGGAAGUGGUGCAGGAGAUCGUGUUAUGAAUCAAUUAUUAACAGAAAUUGAUGGAGUUGGACCUAAAAAGAACCUAUUCUUUAUCGGUGCAACUAAUAGACCAGAAUUAUUAGAUGAAGCUUUACUAAGACCGGGUAGAUUAGAUCAAUUAAUUUAUAUUCCUUUACCUGACCUAGCUGCCAGAAUUUCAAUAUUAAGUGCUAUAUUAAGAAAAUGCCCAGUUGCAGACAAUGUACCUAUAGAUUUUUUGGCUCAAAAAACUGCCGGAUUUAGUGGUGCGGAUUUAGCAGAGUUAUGUCAAAGAGCAGCAAGAGCUGCUAUUAGAGAUGCUAUAGAUUCUGAAGAAAUGAAUAAGAAAUCGAAACUACAACUAAAUCUGAAUGAGAAUAAUGAAAAUAAUAAAAGUAGUGAUAACCAAAAUCAGAGUCAAAAUAAUGAUGAAAAUAGCAUAAAAUAUGAAAUUACUAGACAUCACUUUAAGGAAGGAUUAGCUGGAGCCAGGAGAAGUGUGUCACAAGCAGAUUUAAUUAAAUAUGAUAAUUUUAGAAUUAAAUUUGAUCCCUUGUAUAAAACUAAGACAGGUGGUGCAACAGAAGACUUCAUUAUAGAUUGGCCUGAUGAAGAAAAUAAUGAGGAGCCUCAGGAUUACAAUGUGGAUGAUGACUUAUACUCCUAA